GCAGAACAGCAUCCAACACCAGUGCGCCAUUAACUCCAUCGUGGGCUACUGCUCCUGCUUCAAGGCUAUGUUAGUGGUCGAGUCACGCAAAGGCGCCGAGCAGCACAGCUUCUCCAGGUCUUUCGCUUCCUGGAGUCUCCUGGAGAGACUGUGCUUCGUGACUUGCCAGUGCUUGGAGGGUGAGGACACGAAGGUGUUCAGGUACACCGCGACGGGAGUCCUCAAAAAGGAGCGCAUCGAUCGAA